ACAACGCGGCACGAUCAAGCCGAGGUAAUCGCUGUGGAACAACCUCACUUCGUCGCAUUCGCUUACAGCGUGUACCACGUCGACUCUACGCACCGUCACACUAGUUAAGAGCAACUCCACCGGAUAUGGGUGUCGUGAAGACCGCCUCUGAGAGCAUCCUCGAGGACGCUGUGGUCCCCAGCGAGGAAGCUAAUUACUCUGUUCAGGGCCACACCGAAGAUUGGACGGAAACGUUCACGUUUCAGCUGGUGCUCGGGAUGGCAGUAGCGUUGGUGCUUCUAUUAGUGCUAGCCGCUGCCAGCUUCCAAUGCUCCUAUACCUGGAAAUGGUUAAUGAGGAUGAGGCGAAACAUGGAAGAGGAAGAUGCUAAGAGCGACUUAUCGCAGCAGAACGCUAUUCGUAUCAGUCAUUCCCUGCCGGAUUUCCAAUCAGAGCCGAUUACUCAUGAGUACGUUCAGGAGCAGAAGGAUAGCAAAAAGGUACUGCGCCAAACAACUUUACCCAUUGUGCCGAUGAGACACCAGAGCUUCCAGAGGCAGCUCUCCUAUCGUCUCGACUUGCCGAUCAAGUUCAGCAUCUGCAGCCUGGAGAAUCGCAGCGAUUCCAGUCUCGGUUUAAUCAAGCCGGAACUUUACAAGAAGGAGAUAGGGCAGGAUGACGAUGAGAGCAACAGCAUCGCGGAAAUGGAGUACGCCGGCAAGCUGCACUUUGCUUUGCGCUACGACAAGGACAUGGAGGGACUGGUGGUCAAAAUUCUAGAGGCUCGAGAGUUACCAGUGAAGGAUGUGACAGGCAGUAGCGAUCCCUACGUGAAGGUAUACCUGCUGCCUGAUCGAAAGAAGAAGUACCAGACGAAAGUGCAUAGGAAGAACCUGAACCCUGUAUUCAACGAAACCUUUAUAUUCAGCGUGUCAUAUGAAGAAUUGAGAAAACAGUAUCUUCAGUUCUCCGUUUACGACUUCGAUCGAUUCUCCCGGAACGAUUUAAUCGGACAAGUGGUGCUGAAGGAGUUACUGGACUGCACCGACCUAGAACAAGAGAUCGAGUACUCGAUGGACAUCCUAUGCGCUAUGCAGGACAAAGUGGACAUGGGAAAAUUGAUGCUGUCGCUUUGCUUCCUACCAACGGCUGGCCGGCUAGCAGUGACCGUAAUUAAAGCCAGGAACUUGAAAGCCAUGGAUAUAACAGGGUCGUCAGACCCAUACGUGAAGGUGUACCUGCUGUGUCAGGACAAACGAAUAAAGAAAAAGAAGACUUCCGUGAAGAAGAACACGUUGUUCCCUGUGUACAACGAGAUGCUGUUGUUCGAUGUGCCGUCAGAUAAUAUCGAGGAUGUCAGUCUUAUAGUACAAGUAAUCGACUACGACAGGAUCGGAUCGAACGAAUUAAUGGGCUGCACGGCGAUUGGGGCCGAUUUUAUUGGCAUUGGUCGUGAGCAAUGGCUGAAGAUGCUGGAGAAUCCGAGGAAACCGGUGACGCAAUGGUAUCCACUGAUGGAAACGAUCCCUGGCCACAUUCCACCUGUUAAUUCAGAACAAACUCCAGUGAGUCUGAGCUGCUUGAACAGCAGAUGAAAACAGCACGCCCGGGAUAAAUAUCGCGAGAAGUCGCAGUUCUUGUCUGACGUCGGCUUGGGCGUUGUUUCCUUCUGUCGUCAUUUAAUGCACACCGCUUGACUGACUUAAGUACAAUUUCUAUCUCAAACGGAGGCUCGGAAGAAACACAAUAAACCGAACCAAAGCAAAAACCAAAAAAAAAGAAAAAAAAGAAAAGAGGAAAAAAAUGAUUUAAAAAAAAAAACAACACAAAACACACACUCUGUGCUUUUUAAAAUAUAAUCGAUCAUGGCGAGCGUGAAGUAGUA